UACUUGGAACUACACGUACUAGGUUCAGACAGGUAACAACGUUCUCAUAAUAAUGGCCUCUGUUCAAAGGGUUCGUCCGUCUGCCUUACGAUACACCCAUGACAGCAUAAGCUGUCGGUUUUCUAACGGAUGUGGUCUGGAGGAAACCUUUAGGCAGAUCCUUUACGAUGAGGUCAGCGUUAGCUCCCUGCCUUACCUGGAAGUUAUGCCAUAUGACAAUGAGUGGUUUGUCGUCAGAGGUAACAGGAGAUUGUAUGUAUUAAAACAACUGGAAUCUGCUGGGAAAAUUUCAACAGUGAGCGUCAAGUAUUUGUCUUUUGAGUCUUAUCAUUUCUAUAACCAGUACUCUACAGAAAAUUCGGGCCGGUCCGUCCGUAUUCGAGGUAAUCCUUCCUUGGCCGGAGAGUUUGGACGAAUCAAACGAACGUGGGAAAAUUCUUCCGGGGGAUUUUGUCAGCUUGGGACAACCUGUGCGAGCUGCUGCUGUAAAUGUCUGAUUGCGGUUCUGCUGAUACUGGUGGUGUUCGUAGUCGCGGUCUUCUUGUUUUUGGUGUACCAAUCAAACCAGCAAUAUUCACACAGAGCAUUUCAUUAACUCCAGUAGAACUGUUAUUGCGGACGGCCAUCUACGGCUAUGUAAAUAACAAGCGUGUCAGAAUUCCAGCACUUGCUUAUCGCUUAAAUCCUGAAACUUAUUUGUUCUACACGUAGAUCGAAACAUUGUCACAUGGAAACUCAAAACGAUUUACAAAUCCCUGUUAGACUUUACUUUCCGCGUAUUCGCCUCCACCCGGUGUUACAAAUAUUAUUACGUUUCAUUACGGAUGCAUGGAAUUGAAUACUACUAUUGCGGUCGCCAUUAAAACAUGCACUUGUCGAAAAAAAACAGCUAGUAUAUAUUUAGUUGGAUACAAACAGACGUAUGCAUGCUAAAUGCAGUCGAUUUCAAUAUUUUACUGAUGCAAUUCUUCGCAGAUAUGUCAGCUUUGUGAUAAUAUCUGCAUUAUUCCUAACCUUACUGGACAUUCUGGAAACCUGCUUAAGACAGACUGCGAUUGAUUGAAAGCUUUGGUAUGUGAUACAAUCUAAAAUAAUUAGGUAAAAUAUGACAGAUUUAUUGGAAAAGCAGAAUAAAAACAGCAGGAAAAGAGCUGAAUCGGAUUGUAAUUUAAUACUGUUAUUCACAUCUCCGCCCAUCAUUGUUAACGAGAACAAUACAUAAAAAUGAUAAAGUACCUCUCAUGGAGCCUCUCAAUUUUUAAGUUCGCGGAUCAGCUACCCAUAGAAUGCUACAUAUCCUGCGAUGGACCUUUUUCUCGCGGAAAGCUAUAUAGAGUGUAUUGCAUACCACUAAUUCACGAAGACUUCCCGAGGACUAGGAAAAGCUCUUCCAGAAGUUAGAAAACGAAGAGGAAUUCCGCAAAUUCCUUAUUGACAGUGCUUACUACGAAAGAAAUGUUGUUCAUGUCAUAUUCUUUGGAAAUAGAAUGAAAAAAAACAAAAACAAAAACAAAACCAAAACCAAAACAGUCAACCAUGUGCAAAGUGAUGCUUAUAUUCAAAGAAAGAAAUACAUAUUCCUGGAGAACGAUACUGAAAAUAAUGUACAUAUUUGCUUAUGCAUACCUUGCAAAUAAUCUUCUAACAGCUGGGGAAUAAAAUAUUUGAUAAA